UGACGUCACGGCAUGCUGCCUCGUCCAUGUUUGGCGAAGAAAAAGUUUGUGUUUCUGCCGACAGUCACCUCGACGAACUCUAGACACCAACAAAAACUAGAGCUAAGGAGAAGCAAAGCCGUUUCAUAUCUUUUAAUGUUGCUUCGGGCUAGCCAUUAUCAACGGAACAUUAAUUGUUAUCUAAAAUGCCCGUACUUAAAUGUAAUCAUUAUUACGUUAGCGUUACCCGAACCAAACUAGCAAAGACCAGAGCGGGUCUGGAUUUAUGACCCACUUACGUUCAAAUUAACGGCUGACUUCUCCGGCGUGUAGCACUCAGACUGAGGUUUUUAUUUUUUUAUUUUUGUAUCCUUCCCUGGAUGGACCGUUGUCUUUUUUCUCUCAAUUAAUGAAUAGGCUAUUAACUCCUCGGAGAGUGUCGCAUCCUGCGCCGGGUGCCCGCGCAUGAACCGCGUCCGAGCGGCUCCGCGCUGCCGAGGCUCCGCCAGCAGAGCCGGGCUUCGGGAUGAGGAUGCCCGGAGGAGGACGCCUGCUCCUGGCGACGUGCCUGGGCUCGCUCUUCGUUCUCGUGCUUUUCUUCCAGAGCAUCACACGGCCAGAACCGGCCAUGAGGACGGACAGCAGACCAGGGAAAAGCCGGAGAAGCCCAUUGCAGACCCUCUACAAAGGAGACCAGCAGCCGGAGCUGUUGGCGGCUCAGAGGUCCCUCCAAGGUCGCAGGGAGCAUUUGGAGCAGGGCUGUCUGAGCCACAAGAGGAAGCGCCAAGUGCUUUCGCCUGAGGAUCUCAAACACCUCAUCGUGGACGACAAACACGGCCUGAUUUACUGCUACGUGCCCAAGGUCGCCUGCACCAACUGGAAGCGUGUCCUCAUGGUCCUCACCAGCGAUGGCCGCUACAUCAACCCCCUCGCCAUCCCUGCAAACGAGGCUCACGUAGCAGGGAACCUGCGCACGCUGUCAGAGUUCUCCGUGCCCGAGAUCAAUCGGCGCCUUCGCAGCUACCUCAAGUUCAUCUUCGUGCGGGAGCCCUUUGAGCGCCUGGUGUCCGCCUACCGUAACAAGUUCACCCGUAGCUACAACACCGCCUUCCACAAGCGCUACGGGACCAAGAUCAUCCGCCGCAACCGGCCCGACCCGGAGCCCGAAGCCCUGGAGAAGGGGAGUGACGUGUCUUUCCCCGAGUUUGUCCAGUACCUGGUGGACCCCCGGACCCAACGGGAGGAGCCGUUUAACGAGCACUGGGAGCGGGUGCACUCGCUCUGCCACCCCUGCCUCAUCCACUAUGACCUAGUGGGGAAGUACGAGACUCUGGAGCCAGACGCUCAGGCCGUGCUGGAGUUGGCUGGAGUGCAGGGGACACUUCAGUUUCCCACAUCUGGCAAAAGCACCAGAACGGACGGCAACAUGGCGGCGCGCUUCUUCAAGCACAUUAGUCCCUUCUACCAGAAGAAGCUGUUCAACCUGUAUCGAAUGGACUUCCUGCUCUUCAACUACUCCACUCCAGAGUACCUCCGGACUCGAUGAGAGGCUGGGAGAAGAGGGGGUGAUUCGGCACGUUUUGGUUGCCAUCAUUAUCAUUCAUGCUCAGAUCCAUCGCAGCACUGACUUGUCACCCUGAGCUUGCCACAAAAACACCAAAAAGUGCCUUUAACAUUUAACAGAAUGCAGACAAUGUGUUUGACAAUGCAGUGGUCUCCGGGAAGAUCCCGUGGGUUCACAAAGAACUAUUUAUUUUUUAUUCAAUUUUGACUUUGACGUAGUUUGCGGUCAGUCGUUGUUUUAGUGUAGCACACCUCGUCAGGUUUUCUGCCACGUCCACACAGUAAGUCUUCCUGUGGCUUGUUCUUGUUCUGGGAACUAAUGCGCCAUAAAUUAAAGGAGCAGGUUCUCCUCUUGCAUACGUGUUCUACAGGUAAAAUGCAACAGCAGAUUAAAUCAAAGCACCUACAGUAGAAUAUCUGCAUGGCCUUUAUUUAUGUAUGUAUUUAUUGUUGGAGUGUGUAAGUAAAGGUUUACGCUUUCGACUUUG